AAACAACCCGUUGAAACAAACAGACGUUUCCUUUUUUUCUAGGAAUGUUUAUGUUAUUUGCUAUUGCUUCAUCUCUGAGCGAGAGGUGUUUUAAAAUUGACACACCAGACUGGCUUGGCCUGCAUCCAGGGGUGCCUUUUGGCAGUCCAAAUGGUCAAACUAUGACUGAGAGCGAGCAAGAGAGUAUCUACAUCACUGUGAUUCGUUGUAUGGGAAUAUCCCAUACAACGAAUCACAGUCGGUCAUUGGUAUAUAAGAGUGUCGGUUAAAAAUACUUAAGUGUUGCUUAUGUGACUAUAAACACAGCAGACUGGACACUGCCUGCAGAACUGCUUUCACGUAUUAAGUUUUAGCUAGCUUCACAGUAGGUUAUGGGUUACAGUAAUUGUUUGAAAUUUGAAUGUGUAGCUAGCCUACUUUGUAGCGAUAGUUGUAUGCAAAACUUAUUGAUUGAACUAAAGUAGCCUGGUCUGAACGUUGACGUUUUCUUUUAAUCGUUUUCUUAUGAAAAAUUAGAAAACAUGUGUCCACGCUAGUUGUUCACUUGUCAGCGUAAUGUAUGUAAUGACAAGUUCAGAGCCUUUUUAUCUGCUGUAUGGGUCAUCAGCGUUGCUAUGGUGCUUGAGUGAUGUGUGAGGGAGCGUCUAUGAUAUCUGGGCCUAUCCCCCCAGACCCCUCUCUGUUCCCUGAGUACUACAGGCGACCAGCCUCUGCCAGGGGUCGUCUGGAGGGGAAUGCUGAAGGGGGCCCUGGCCUGCUGUCUGGGCCCCUGGCUCCAGACCCUGUCAUGUACCCUGGCUUCUACAGUGCCCGUGCCCCUCGGGCCCCCCGCAUCAGCCCCAACGCCACCCACAUCCUGGAGAGGGGCCAGAAAGGUGUGGUAGGGGCCCUACUCAAACUGGAUGGGAUCUCUCUCAGCCCCAACCCCCCCAAACACAAGCAGAUGCUGCGUGACUAUGGGAAGGAGAAUGUGCGCCGGCUCCGAGAGAUCCAGAGGAGGUGCCGAGAACAGGAGGUCCAGAGGCAGCAGGCCCGCCCCGUGCCUGUUAAGGCCCUCUGGAGCUCCCCCAAGUACCAGGACGUGCCCUCCAGAGUCAUGGCCCAGCUGCAGCAAGAGACCAGCCCUCCUGCCAGGCCGGAGUGUCAGAACUUCCUGAAAGCCCACUCCAACUGCGGUUCUGCUGGUCGCCCCCGAGCACAGCGGCCCCCCUCACCCUCUCCAUGUCCAUCUCCUCGUCCGGCCUCACACAACAGCACCCACAGCCUGCAGUUGGAGGUGCGGGGGAGGACGGUGGACUUUGUGAGCCACAACGCCCGUGGGGCUAGGAAGACUGGACUGCGACGCUCCCAGUCUCUGACUGGCCUCAGCAACAAGCCUGUUCCCAGUGUUGUCAAGGGACAGGUCCCUCAGUACCUGGAGGAGAGGAAGGAGCAGUGGAGGAGGGAAGCAGAGGAGAAGAGGAGGAACACCCCUGAUCCCUCCGUCCCAGCUGGCCACACCCUGAUGCCAGAGGGGGAGAGACAGGAGACUCUGCAGACCCUGAGAGACACCCACAAGACUCUGGUAGCUGAGCUGCUCUCUCUCCCGGUGAGGGCCGACACCCUGAGCACUCGCUCGCGUCGUAGCCAGCUGGACCAGCGGCUCUCGGAGAUAGAAGAGGCCAUCAAGAUCUUCUCCAGGGACAAGGUCUUCGUCAAGACCAACUCCUAAUCUCCAGUGGCCAGGGGGAGAUUCUGCCAGAGGAGAGAGGACUGAGGAGAUGUCAUGAAAGACUUGAAGGAACUGUGUUCUCUCGUUAGAUAACUUUUAUUUUCAUAAUGCGCUUACAAAUGUUCAAAAAAAUAUAUAUUCUGAAUCUGAGUGAACUUGUAAAUAGUACAGACUCAAGAGCUGUUAGAUUGAUUGAAUUAAGUAAUAUUUUUUCCUCUUUGAGGUUAAGCAGGAUUUCUUUGUAUUUCAUACUACUGAUACUGAAUGUAUGACACAGUUUGAUCCUUGAUAGACUCUUGGGUGACAGACAAUAUACAUUUUGUAUAUUGCUGAAGGUUUGUGGAAUGGAUAUCAAAUCAACUUUUGUAACUGACUGGAACGUUACCCGGUAUUUUCUUAUAAAUUGUGUUUGUAUUGUCACUUGUAUGAUAUACUGCUGUUAUUCUAUUGCAACUGCUGAGUACAAUGAAUCUGUCAUGCACAAAUGUAAGAUUUAUUCAGUGUUUUAUAUAAAAUAAAAUGGACUGGCUAGUA